AUGAUGUUUAAACUAAAUAAAGGCAAGAGAUUGAAAUCGAAUCAAUUUGGUGGUAUUGAGAACGGUAAUGGGAAUACUAACAGGUCUAAAGUAAAUGUUAGUUAUUCCUGUCCUGAAAAACUCCAUCAAUUAACUACGGAAUGCGAAGAAACCGAGAAAAUACUUAGAAAUUCUACGGAAAUGCUUUUAGAAAACCAUGAAAACAUGGAUAUUUUAUUAACGAGAGCAAGAACGCUAUCCAAUGAUGCUGAGAAGAUGAAGAAAAUAGCUCAAAAGGCUAUCUUUGUAAUUUCAUUUGUUUAA